AUGGUAGUUUUGGAAAAAGAGGUCUCUCAGAGGUUUGACUAUGUUGAAAGGGAGAUCAGAGACUUAAAAGGGAUGGUAGCCUCUCUCUGUAAUAAUUUCUCUGCACUAAGCACCUCCUUCAGCUUUGAGGAUCUCCUAUCUCAUCCACCCUCUCCUCCUCACCCUGAGCCUGAACCACCUACAUCACCUAUACCCACUUCUCCUACUUCUACUUCACCAUCUGUUCCUUCCACCUCUCCCACUCCUCCUCCUGCUACCCUAGCCCUUAUCACGGCUCCUCAGCCUAUUCCUUCUCUGACUCUUCCACCCAUCUCUCAGGCUGUCUCUCUACUCUCUCAGCUUCCCCCCAUUCCUAUCUCAAUCACCUUGCCUACUGCCUCUCUUACUCCAUCACUAGUUCUUGGGGUUGGGCUUUGGACUAGUUGGGCUAUCUUGGCUACUCCUGUCCUGGGUUAUUGUAACUGUGUUAUGGUUGUUGUUAUUACUGCUGCUAUCGCAGUGUCCCUUUCUUGUUCCUGA